AAUCUGUUUGAUUAGGAUAGGAUUAGUAGAAGAUACUAAUUUAAUCAAAAUAGUUUGUGAGAUCACCAUCGAAUAGUGAGUACGUGAGACCCAGCAAGAGCUCGAAUCAGGAUAGAAUAGAAGAUAGAAUUUAUAGAUGGGUAGAUGGAUAAUGUAUCGCUUCAGUUCAGACAUUAAGAAGGUUCAAUUAUACUCAGAGAAAAAUGGCACAGUCAAAAGAAACACGAGUAUUUCGCUGAGUGUAUAGAAGGGUAUGGAUAUUGUAUCGCUUGAGUUCAGGCCUUAAACAGCUGUAAUUAUUGAUUGGAUCUAAACUGAAUACGCCCUCGAAUCGUUAGCAUUCCACAAACCAAAACCAUGAUCUCGUGGAAAACACUAUACUAAACCAAUACCUUAUUUUUUUUGGAGGACUGAACCCCACGAUUAUCCAAAGUGAUCAAUUGCUGAAUGAGCCAUGGCGUGCUAAAGCUCAAGUGUGUGUUUCCCGGCAGUGCUGUAGGAAGGGAACGUAGUAGCUGUCAUAUCUACCUACGACUAGCGUUCACGCAUCGCGAUCUGGCCAAGAAGCGCAGCAUUGGAAUGGCCCCAACCGGGGGAGCUCUGACAGAGGGAAGAAGUGUCGCCGCGUGGUCACAGGUGGCCUCAUACCAGGCCUCCAUCCGUCUGUUGGCCCACGAGCGCGACUACUUUGGCAAGGGACACAUCUGCUCGGGGGCCCUGGUGGCGCCCUCGGUGGUGCUCACGGUGAGCAGCUGCCUCUACAGCCAUACACGUAGGAAGCACUAUCAUCCGGCGGAGCUGCGCGUCAUACUCGGCAAUCCUCAGCGCUUUGCACCCAACGAUCAGGGACUCACCAUGGGGGUAACGCAUGUCCACCAGCCGCCGAAGGAUCUGGCCCUGGCUAUACUCAUGUUGGAGCGGGAUAUACCAGUGGAUCAUCCCCAGGUCCAGCCCGUUCUGCUGCCCCAUCCAGAGCAGCCAUCCAGUUCGCUGUCGGAAACCUCCCUGCAGAUCAGCACUUGGGGCUACGAUGGACACAGCCGCGAGCUACACGACCUGCUCACCCUGAAUGCCACGCAAAUGUCCUGCCAGCAGUCGCGGGCACAGCCACAACCUCAGCCCCAGAGAAUCUGCGUCCAGGCUGAGACUAUGACAUCGUUCGGAGGACAGCUCUUCAUGGAUGCUGGGGCCACGCUAACGGAUCGAAAUCAACUGCUGGGACUGUGCAGUGCGGACGGUGGUGGCUUCGUGGACGUGGCCAGCCAUGUGGAGUGGAUCCUCACACAAAUAGGCGAUGGCUCCAAUCAGAACAGCUCCUUUUGGGGCGUCCUUUUGGUCCUCGCCUUCACAGUGUAUGUACUGACAGUGAGUCGAAAGUCCCUGCUCGCAUAGGAUUAGGAUUUAUUCCUUAUUGGAAGUUACACACAUAUAUAGAUAUAUAUACAGAUGAUUCUGCCUAGAACUUAGACAGAUGAACGUUGAAUGUGAUAAUCUCGAGUAAUAAUACAUUAACAAAUAAAUAUACAUAUUGUAAA